AUGUCUUCACCAAUAUAUUUGCAUAUUUUUAUUUUUCCUGAAACUCUAGGUAUCCCUCUUGAGUUUGUGCAGCCCCUGCAGGACUAUUGUAUCACAGAACUCGUCACGGAACCAUUCACCUUGUCCUGUCAGCUAUCUCGGGCUCCUCGAACACCAAUUAUUUGGACUAAGGAUAAACGACUACUUUUGCCAGAUGGAGGCGAUUCCAAACGCGUUCACAUCGAGGAAGACAUGAAAGGAACGGUGCACAGGAUUAUUUUUGACAAAAUAGUGGAGACAGAUCUUGGCGUCUAUAGCAUCCAGGCAGAGAAAGUGCUCAGCACUGCCAGGCUGGAUAUGCGAAGAAGCAUUUGUUUACAUCUUGUUUCCUAUGCGAACAAGAUGAGGGAAAUCCAUUUUUCACAUGUUUUUCUCAUUUUGUUUCUAGUUGCACCAACAUUGCUAACUACAGAUCUUUCAAGUGAGAUAGUCAUGGUGGCAGGUACCUCUAACGUUAUCGAUGUACCUUUUCUGGCCAGCCCAAAAUCAAAAGUUACUUGGACCUGCGGCCGUCCGGGAGACAUUGUGCCCUCUCAGAAACCUCGUUUCAAAAUAGACACAGGGUCAGGUUCUACCUCGCUAGCACUUGUUAAGGUGCGCUUAGAAGAUGAAGGCGUCUACCAAGUUUGCAUCGCCAACGAAUUAGGAGACUGCAUCCUGCGCCUCAACCUUAAAGUACUCGAUCGGCCUUCAGCGCCCAGACAGCCCGAAGCCAAGGAUAACACUUCUGAAUCGCUCAUACUUACAUGGUUACCUCCUGAAUCACCCGGUGUUUUGCUCAGCCCUGAGCUCGAGCCUGAGGUUCUUGAAUACUUGGUGGAGUGCCGCGAAGUAUCUUCCAAGGUCUGGCGUGAGAUAGGGCGGACACAUGGGGAUCUGACUAUUCCAGUAACUGGACUGGAGCCAAAUCAAAAUUAUUUAUUCCGGGUUGCUGCUAUGAACCAAAGAGGCCGGUCAGAAUUUGUUGAAACCAAACCGAUCUCGACGAAAUUGCAUUACGGUAGGCUGACAUGCAACGCCCUUGUAAUUUUUACACUUAUUAAUUCUCAAUAA